GAGGGAGGAAGACGGUCGCGGAGGGUGUCAGAGGCGGAAACUGUGAGUGCGAGGAUGCGCAAGAUAAACCGGUCCUGCCCGACAGUCCUCGCGCGACUCUCGUGCUGUGAACAUCGCUCGCUUGGCUUCCAAUCAAGAACGUCAGUGUUCUGAACACUCGACGACGACGACGACUCGAAACUUUUCUACGAUUCACCGUCCAAAGUAACUUUUACCGGCUUCGACGCCCUAACCGUUUUCGCGAAAUACUUUGUAAAACUUCGCGAAAACGCUGCGAACUUGACAUCACGGACAACAUGAAGAGACCUAACUCGACGCACGUGACGAUGGAAAUUUUCUCGCCGAUGAAAAGUGAGAAAGAAGUGCGGUCGAAGUUUCAAAUACGCACACGCGACGCGAACGAAUGAAGAAUCUGUCGGGGUAACAGACUACGCUCUGGACUUAGCUUUUCAAUAUCAAAGAAUUGAACACCAAAUAGAACAGUGGUGAAGAAUGACUAUUCUGCUCACGUGCUACCUAUAGAAAAAUCGUGAUGUAUUCAAACGUCCUACGAACUCAUUUUCACUGAAAAUUAUUUAAAUUCCUCAGACCAACUCUGAUGAUUUAUUCGUAAGAAUUGAAAAUCAGAUGGUGUAAACAUUAGCUAACAAAACACUAUCCGAAAUAUAACAUGGGGGACGAAAUUUCGAUAUUCUUAGUGGUGAUUCUUGCAAUUGGCGGUUUAAUGAUGAUGAGCGCAUUGCUAGCCUGCUACGCGUGUAUCUUCAGAGAUCUCUGCUGUAGACCAGAGGACAGAUCAAAAAGGAGACGUGCCCAGAGCCCUCACCAUGAACCUGAUGAUCCUAACAGACCCAGAUUGGAGGCAAUGCUAUUAAACGACAUUACGCAAGGAGAAAGUAUGCCUACUGAAUCUGAAAAGGUUUAAUCAAAAGAAACUAUACGCGAUAUGAAAUUUAUAUCAAGGAUUAACUUCUUUGAACGUAAAUCGAUAAUC